AUGCCGUUCGGCGCCUGCCGCCGCCAUCUUUUCUGUGAGCCGGUCGCCUGGUUACGGCGGCAGAGCUCGCUCCUGCCAACGCCGCUAGACUCUGCUCACUCCCGGAAGCGCCCCGGAGCCUUGGCGGGGCUCGAGCGGAACGGAAGUGGCUGUGCUUGUUUCCAGCCGGAGCACGAGGGUGCCGGAAGGGGGAGGGGAGACUGGAAGCGCUGCACCGGCGUGGGGAAUAUCCCAUACGAAGCCACAGAGGAGCAGCUAAAGGACAUUUUCUCAGAGGUCGGACCUGUCGUCAGUUUCAGGUUGGUGUAUGACAGGGAGACAGGCAAACCAAAGGGAUAUGGCUUUUGUGAGUACCAAGACCAGGAGACAGCGCUCAGCGCCAUGCGGAACCUGAAUGGGCGUGAGUUCAGCGGGAGGGCGUUGCGUGUGGACAACGCAGCCAGCGAGAAGAAUAAGGAGGAACUGAAGAGCUUGGGCACUGGUGCCCCUAUCAUAGAGUCACCAUAUGGAGACCCUAUAAAUCCUGAAGAUGCUCCUGAGUCUAUCAGCAGAGCAGUUGCCAGCCUGCCGCCUGAGCAGAUGUUUGAGCUGAUGAAGCAGAUGAAGUUGUGUGUGCAGAACAGCCCUCAGGAGGCACGGAACAUGCUGCUCCAGAACCCUCAGCUGGCAUAUGCCCUGCUCCAGGCCCAAGUGGUGAUGAGGAUCGUCGAUCCAGAGAUCGCUCUGAAAAUUCUGCAUCGUCAGACCAGUGUUCCACCUCUGAUUCCAGGCAACCCACAGCCAGUUCCAGGGCCCGGGCCUGGGCCUGGACCAGGUCCUAAUGCACAGAUGAACCAGCAGAAUCCCCCAUCGUCCCAGCCACAGCCCAUAGGUGGCAUGCAUGUAAAUGGAGCUCCUCCUCUGAUGCAGCCUCCUAUGCAGGGUGGAGUGCCAGCCCCAGGACAGAUGCCAGCCUCUGUAGCCGGCCCAGGCCCUGGCCCCUUGGCUCCUGGAGGUGGAAUGCAGCCUCAGGUUGGGAUGCCAGGAGGUGGACCAGUGCCCUUGGAACGUGGACAAGGAAACCUGCAGCUCUCGCCCGUGGGACCUGCCAGGCCUGCAUCUAUUGAGCGAGUUCAAGUGCCCAUGCCAGACCCGAGGGCCCCUAUGCAGCGUGGACCAUUACCUGCUAGCGGCCCACCACCCCGGGGCCUUCUGGGAGAUGCCCCAAAUGACCCACGUGGAGGGACCCUGCUUUCAGUUACUGGAGAAGUGGAGCCCAGAGGUUACCUUGGGCCACCCCACCAGGGUCCACCCAUGCACCAUAUGCCCGGCCAUGACAAUCGUGGCCCACCCCCACAUGAAAUGAGGGGAGGACCAAUGGGAGAACCCAGGCCAUUGAUGGGAGAACCUAGAGGGCCUUUGAUGGAUGCUCGAGGUGGAAGAGAUCCCAGGGGCAUGGAACCGAGAGGGAUGGAGCCCAGAGGGAUGGAACCGAGAGGGAUGGAGCCCAGGGGCAUGGAACCGAGAGGCAUGGAGCCCAGGGGCAUGGAACCGAGAGGCAUGGAGCCCAGGGGCAUGGAACCGAGAGGCAUGGAGCCCAGGGGCAUGGAGCCCAGGGGCAUGGAGCCCAGGGGCAUGGAGCCCAGGGGCAUGGAGCCCAGGGGCAUGGAGCCCAGAGGGAUGGAUGCCAGAGGAAUGGAACCCAGAGGGAUGGAACCCAGAGGGAUGGAGCCCAGGGGUCCUGGCCCCAACCCAAGGGGCCCAAUGCCUGGUGGAAUUCAAGGACCUGGGCCACUUAACUUGGGAGCAAGUGGCCCUCAGGGACCUAGACAGGUUCCCAACAUGCCAGGGGCAGGCAUACAAGGAGGUGGUAUGCCAGGGGCAGGCAUACAAGCAGGAGCCAUGCCAGGGACGGUGGUACAAGGAGCUGGCCAGCCAGGAGGCUUUAGCCCUGGGCAGAACCAGGUCACCCCCCAAGAUCAUGAGAAGGCUGCCCUGAUCAUGCAGGUUCUCCAGCUGACUGCAGACCAGAUCGCCAUGUUGCCCCCAGAGCAAAGGCAAAGCAUCCUUAUCCUAAAGGAGCAGAUCCAGAAAUCCACUGGGGCUCCAUGACAGAAGACCCUUGAUGACCCUGAAGAUCCAGACCUGUGGGAUGGAGGAGGCACCCAAGGCAGCAGCUUCACUUCAUCACUGUCUGACCUGGUGCAGCCAUCAGGGGAAGGGUUCCCCCUUCUUCCCACCCAGCAUAACCCCCAUACUUUUCAUUCUGUGUUUUGUUUGUGUGUGUUUUACAGUAUUUGAAAUAAACUUGGAGGAGGAUUUGAGUACAA